ACAUUUUGGUUUCAGCAAUAGUCGGUUACACUAGCCGCGGGUCGGUUGUGUUUUAUAUUCGUUGCUCAAGUGGGAAGGUAUUUGAAAACCUAGUGCAACGGAUAUACAUAGUUAAACUUUUUUUUUGAAUUGUUCAACAACAAAUUAUAACGUGAAGCAUCGGUGUUUUGCACAAUAGCUCGCAACCAACGGCAGACAAAACGGCAUUUCUACAGCAGCGUCGCCUUUUUAGCGGCGGCGGCGUUUUGGGCAGCGGCAGCGCAGCCAUGAAACAACAGCCGCCGCCGCCGCCGCUGCCGCAAUCGCAGCCACCGUCGCUGUCAGGAGGAGGAGGAAGCGCAGGAGCAGACUCUGAGGUCACCGCCAUUGCCGGUACAGUAAGCAGUCGCCCACCGCUCUAUCCGAAACCAAAGACGCCGUCGUUCGAUAAGGAUCGGGAUUACAUUGGCUUUGCCACGCUGCCGGAGCAGGUGCACCGGAAGUCGGUGAAGCGCGGCUUUGAGUUCACAAUGAUGGUCGUUGGCGAAUCGGGCCUGGGCAAAUCGACGCUGAUCAACAGUCUGUUUCUGGGCGAUCUCUACAAGAACCGCCAAUUGCCCAAUGUGGAGGAGCGCAUCGAGAAGACGACACGGGUCGAGAAGAAGACCAUGGACAUUGAGGAGCGCGGCGUGCGAUUGCGCCUAACCGUUGUCGACACGCCCGGCUUCGGCGACGCGAUUAACUGUGAGGACAGCUGGCGCGUCUGCACCCAGUACAUCGAUGAACAGUUCCGGCAGUACUUCACCGAUGAAAGCGGCCUGAAUCGCCGCAACAUACAGGACAAUCGGGUGCAUUGCUGUUUGUACUUUGUCCCACCCUGGGGCCACAGCUUGCGGCAGAUGGAUUUGGAUUUGAUACGGCGACUGCAUCGAAAGGUUAACAUUGUCCUGGUCAUUGGCAAGGCGGAUUGCCUGAACAAGGGCGAGGUGCGCAAGCUGAAGGAGCGCAUAUUGCAGGAUCUCGAGGAUAAUCACAUACAGCUGUAUCAGUUUCCCGAGUGCGAUUCCGAUGAGGACGACGACUUCAAGCAGCAGGAUCGUGAGCUCAAGGCGUCUAUACCGUUCGCCGUUGUCGGCAGCAACACCAUACUGGAGGUGGCUGGCAAAAAGGUGCGUGGCCGUCAGUAUCCUUGGGGUGUGGUCAACGUGGAGGACGCCGAGCACAGCGACUUCAUCAAGCUGCGCACAUUCCUCAUAUCUACGCACAUGCAGGACCUUAAAGAUACCACACAGGAUGUGCACUACGAGAACUUUAGGGCGCAGUGCAUCUCACAGAUAUCGCAGCAUGCGUUGCGCGAGCGGGGCAAAUUGAAGCGCGACUCGAUCAGCUCGACAAACGGAUUCGAUGCGGCCAUUUCGGAAACGGAUCGCCUGCUGCUGCAGAAGGACGAGGAGAUCCGACGCAUGCAGGACAUGCUCACGCAAAUGCAGGAGAAGCUCAAGCAGACGCAUCUAAUGGAGAUGAAGAAGAACGACAGCGUCAUCGACGUCUAAAACUGCGUGUUCAAUUUUGCACCUUCGUAUAUAUGCAUAUAUGUAUAUAUAUAAAGUUAAAUAUAUAUAUUGAUAUAUAUAUAUACUAUACAAAAACAUAGGCAUACCCACACUCAACACAGACAUACCACAAACACACACAAUCAUUUGCCUCUCAAUGGGCAGACAACCACCAAAAAAUUACGUUCUUAAGGUAGCACCAUUUCCAGUUAACCGCAAGGCAAAGAAGAAAAUGAAAAUCAAGUAAAUUAGAAUUUGUUCUACUUAAAUUUUAUACAAAAUUCGCUUACAAUUUGUAGCUGCCACUCGCAGCCAAGCAUUGACCAAACUCUUAACGCAUUUCACUAGAAAUGAGCACAAAGUGAGAAAGCUUUUGCCGCCAAUUCGCUAAAUUUCUUCUUGGAUAAAGCAAAACAAAACAACGUUUCAAUUGUUGAUCGUAGACUUAACUUAACAAAUUAAUGCAAACCAAUUACAAUUACCAAGUGAAUUUUUUAACGAAGAGACUAAACCUAAAACGUAGCUACGAAUACCACAAGAAAUUCCAUAAGCAAAUCAAUAUAAACAACUUAAAAUAGAGCUCGCAAUGCACGUAUUAUACCAAAGUAAAAUUAGUUUGAAAAACUACACGAACUAACAGAACAAACCAGAACAAGAGGCAGACAAAAUGCAGAUGCAUCAAGACAUAUAUAGACAGAUAUAUGUAUAUAGUGGAACUAUUUUUUUUUUUUUUAAUUAAAUUUCUCUUUUUUCUCUUGGUCAGUGUUAACCAGAAAAACGAAAACUCCUAAUUUGUUAAAACGAAUUGUUAAUGAAUUUAUUUUAAAUGAUUAAUUAAGCAA